UUUUCCGUGAUCAAGAAGAUUCAGAAAAAGUAUUAUCAAAGAGAUAUAUUUAGUACGCAAUUCUAUCGUAAUAGUAUCGUAACGUUUAAUUAAAAAUGUACCUGACUUGUGCAUAUAUGUAUGUAAAUAUAUACGUAGGCAUUUCAGUACAUAUGUACAUAUGUGCUACCGUAUAAACAUACAUGCUACGUACAUGCAUGUACAUACACCGGCUGUUAUACUAUACUAUGCAUAUUCGAAUAUGGCGAUGCCAUAGUGACGCAUCCAUCGUUUAACAAUAUCGUUCGAAAAACCAAUUUCAGUCAACUUCAGAAGAUAAUCUUAAAUAAAUAUCUAUCAAUAUCGUUUUUCUAGUUUUUAAUUACCACAGUCUGCAAAUCUGGAUGAAACUAGGAAGAAGAUGAUUGCCGCCUCAGAACCGGUGGAGUAUACUCCUGGUGGAAGACAGACAAUUUUAAGGCAUCCUGAACCAGUAGUUAGUCAACAUGUAUUAAAUAAUCAAACUACUGCUGGAGAGAAUAUUUUGUUACAAAAAUUUAGUCAAGUAAAUAUUUCAGAUAGAUCACUGAAAGAUUUCUGGAUUGUACGUGAGAAUGAUUUAUGUGGAGAAGAAGAAUUGUAUUGCUCAGGCAAAGUUGCAAUUCAUUCAAAGGGUAGUCAAAAUACCCGCGUGUUACAAACAACUUAUACAUGUGAAACAGACAUUAAACAUGCCCUAUGGUGUAAAUUUCAUACAAGCAUACCCAAUCGUCUGUUAAAAGGAAAAGAAUCGGAGGAUGAUGAGUGUAACAACAAUGUGGUAGAGUGUAUAUGUCUAAUUGAUUCUUAUACACUAAAAGUUUUUACAGAAACUGGUGAGGAUUAUGUGUCCAGCUUGCAGUUUCAGGUGUCUGCAGUUUGGCCUACAAAAUAUGGAAUUUUAUUAGAGAAGUCACAAGUUCCAACAUCUGAGAUAAGAUAUACUUCAUUGGAUGGAAAUAAGUUACAGUUGCACAAUGACACAAAUUUACCAGUGGCAUUUUCUCUAACGCAUCCUUUGGAUGAAAUUUGUCCUGUACUUAUUAAACAUGGAAGUAUAUCAUACAUGUACGAUUCAAAUCAGAGAAUUGUAUUUACCAGUUCUGAACCAUCUUUAGCUGUGAUAUAUGAUACAAAGACUGGAUUGCAUUCUGUAUAUAAAAUUCGUAAAGCGCUAAUAGAAGAGUGUCAAGUGGUUUGUGGUAGUAAUGACACCACUUCUAGUAUAUUUAAUCAGUCAGCAAGUGCAUCGCCAAUGAAUUUUGGAAGUAAUCUUUCUUAUAACAAAAGUUGUACAAAUAAAGGAUACUUAAGUAUAUUUGGAGUACCUAAUCCACAAUUAAGUACUGUGGGAUUAGGUAUAACAAAUAGUCCAUUUGGCUCCCGAACGUCUUACACUACCACUUGCUCGGGAGGACCGUCUCCUUCGCAACAACAACAACAACAUUCUAGAUCUCAGAGUCCAAUGGCUACUAUUUCACGUUGUCAAUCUCCCACUCACUCUGCUUUUUCACCAUUACUCGGAGCACCACCUACUUCUGUCAUUCAUCACACCAGAUUGCACCAUGCGAUUAUGGCGUCUGCAUUAAGUCAUGUACAAAACAGUCCUGUCAGUAGCUGUAGUAACAUACAAUUGCAAGAUAUCGUUGCAUCCAGUAAGCCUUUGUGUCCUGAAAUUUGUCUCGAUCAUGUGUGGACUGAAAAUGUUGCAAUUCCGAAGGAAGUUGUGUCUGGACGGGCGUCGAAAGUUUUUUUAUCGUCAGAUCUUGUUGGACAGAGUUACUUGUGCUAUUUGGUACCACAACGAUCACAACUGUUUCUAGUGAGACUCGAAAAAACCAACAAGCAACAACAAAUUAUUUUUGGCAUGGUGACAAGUAUUGUAGCAAAGGAUGCAGUUAGUAUACCAAAUUUGCAUAUGAUAGCUAUAAUGGAUUUAUCGAAUGGGGUGGUGUUGUAUUCUGGUGUGAUAUGCGUUGGAAAGUUACAUGUCACAGGAAUUCUUCCAAAUUUAACCGGAUGCAAUUACUUCUUGUCCAGUAUUAAUACUAAACUAAGCUCUCCGUUUCCGCGACGAAGUUCAUUGAUCUCUCAAAACUGUGCUACUGCACAUGAUCUUAAAUUUGAGGAAGGAUUGCACUUACUAAGUCCAGUAGGAGGAAACUGUGCAAGACCUCCGAUUUUGUUAGAAAAUUCUUUAGUAGAUUCCAAUUAUCUCGUUUUAAAAGAAGCAGUAGGGAAUAAGGUUACUUUAGAAUAUGGUAACAAGAAUUAUUUUCGAAUAACUUUACCUACAUCUAGUACUUCUCCUUUAGUCACUAAAUGUUUACAAACGCUAAGAAGCGUUCUGCAGAAAGAUUUGGCGAUGCAGCUGCUAGUAAAAUGGUAUGGCGCUCGAAAUGCUCCUGGACCUCAAGAUUUUUCACCGGAACAAGAGUGGUAUCAUUUCCUUGUAGUUUUAUUUACAUUAUUGGGCUAUGAAGUAGAAAAGUUACAAUUAAUCCAAAGAAAUGAAAACGACCAACUUGCUGAACGCAACAGUCCAAUGGUGGUGCCGAAAAAACAGAAAACAAACAAUUCGGGGUCCACCGAUGAUUGGAUGUACAUGGUGCAUUCGAUUAAAAAUGGGAAUCCGCAAAUUUUUACUUCAAAUAUACUUGGUCUUCAGAAAACAUCCAAUACUCUACGGACAUCGGUGCCAAAUGUUGCAGAAUCAACUACUACUGGAAGAAUUAACAUACAAUCCAUUUUAUUUCCAUAUUUUCCACUAGUUCUGUUCUCGUUGCAUCUCUUAUACGAAGAAUUAAAAUUGAAUUGCGUAAUGUCAGAAAGCUUACCACUGCUCGCACAACUACUAUAUCAAUUGAGUAUGGAUUUGAAAUUUGAAAUAUACUCGCAUCACUACUUUCUAGAUUUUCCGACUCUUUGUCACGUACGCGACGCUACAUCUCAAAUUAAUGAGUCGGAUUUGCUGAAGAUUUCCGUUCCAAAUUACAUUCAGCCGAAACCGCCAAAUAUAUUUGAGACUUUAGACAAUUUAUUAAACAAAAGAGAAGCCAUGCCAUUUCCCUAUAUAAGUCAAGUGAAUCCGAAAACAAAGAAUAUAGUUUACUUAACUGCGCUAAUAGCACACGAGAAUGAAACGAAUGUACCGGAAGCGGAUAAGUUUGUGAAACAUGUAAUACCAGUUGGUAGUCGGAUAGAUUUCCAAGAUAAUGGAACAAAACACGAGAAAGAAAUAUUUCGAAAAGUUGAGUACUCUACAAUAGAUAGGAUAGUGUUAACGUACCAUGAAAUGGGUAUGACCAAAAAAGAUCUCGAAAUCUUGCCUCCCGGUGUAUCGUUAUUGUUGAAGGAUGUGAUGUACAGGUGUAGGGAAAGGCCUCCAUCGAAUUGGCCAAUGCAGGCAUACGAAUUGAUAGAUCGUCAAGAUUUGGCGGCAUUAGACAUGCAUUUAAAAUCAUCAACGUCGAAUCAACACUCGGAAAACGAAGGAAAAAAUUAUUCCAUCAAAGAUCCUGAACAAGACGAUGGAAUGGAAUUCGAUGACGUUGUGUUAAAAUUAAGGUUCAACAAAGACCACAGAGUAACAGAAGUACGAAAACUUCUUAAUUCUUCGAAGCCAGUGAGAAUAGCAAUAGUACAAAGGCCAGACGUGAGUGAUCAUGAGUUUAUAGAAGAACAAGAAAAACAUUUGCAUGCAUUGUGUACGAGGACAAUGGCACUUCCUGUGGCUCGAGGCAUGUUCACGUUAAGAACGUCGACACCUAUUAUUACAGAACAGUUGCCAAUUCCACGAUUGUGUUUAACCGGAAAAGCACCUCCACGUGGGACCACUGUAGAAUUGGCUCAUAUCGAUGUACCUCCAAAUAUGAAUUUGUGGCCUCUGUUUCACAAUGGCGUAGCCGCAGGGCUUCGUAUUCACCCAAACGCGUCGAACAUUAAUUCAACGUGGAUAGUAUACAAUAAGCAGCAACAAGGAGAAUUGGGCAUUGAACAUUCAGGUUUUCUGAUGGCUCUUGGUUUGAACGGACAUCUGAAAAAUUUAGCACCCUUCAAUAUGUACGAAUAUUUAGUAGAAUGUCACGAAGCUACUAGCGUUGGUCUUUUACUGGGAUUAUCAGCGACACAUCGUGGCACAAUGAAUGUUUCUAUGACUAAAUUGUUGUCGCUUCACGUUGAAACAUUAUUGCCGCCAACGAGCAUCGAAUUAAGUGUUCAGCACAAUGUUCAAGUGGCUGCCUUAAUGGGGGUUGGUUUGGUAUACCAGGGUACUGCUCACAGACACAUUUCACACGCUUUACUAUCAGAAAUUGGCAGACCGCCAGGGCCGGAAAUCAAAAAUUGCGUAGACAGAGAGUCUUACUCGUUAGCGGCAGGAUUAGCAUUGGGUCUAGUUGUACUAGGAAGCGGCAGUGGGCCAGAUCUAACUAGUAUUCCUGACACUUUACACUAUUAUAUGGUAGGUGGAGACGUCAGGCCUUUCACUGGUUCACAGAAAGACAAAUACAAAUCACCUAGUUAUCAAAUUAGAGAAGGUGAUUCUAUAAAUAUUGAUGUGACCAGUCCAGGAGCAACGAUAGCUCUGGGUCUUAUGUACUUCAAUACUGGAAAUCGGGCCGUUGCAGAAUGGAUGCAGGCCCCCGACACUCAAUAUUUACUCGAUUUUAUACGACCUGAUUUUUUGUUACUGCGGAUAUUAGCAAAAUCACUUAUCCUUUGGAACGAGAUUGAACCAACAAAAUCUUGGGUGUCUAGUCACGUACCCAAUAUCGUUUAUAAAUACCGAUUACAAAAACCGACAUCCGAAAUAGCACAGAAUGUAGAUUUGGAGACCAUGAAUCAAGCAUAUUGCAAUAUUAUCGCGGGUGCUUGCAUGGCCUUAGGCUUGAAGUAUGCAGGCACCGCUAACAGAAAUGCGUUUAAAACUUUGUACAACUAUGCUCAAAUGUUCACUGCUUUGUCACAUAAAACUAUUGCGGAACUGGCAGGAAAAUCGACUAUUGAAACCUGCUUAAACGUCACUUUACUCUCUGCUGCCGUUGUGAUGGCGGGGUCGGGUGAUUUAGAGAUCAUGAGGAUAUGCCGACACGUGAGAACUCGCGUGGGCCCAGCAAGCAGUGUCGUUACAUAUGGUUCCCAUUUAGCAACGCACAUGGCUCUUGGUCUUUUGUUUCUUGGAGGAGGAAUGUACACUCUCUCGAAUAGCCCCAGUGCUGUAGCUGCUCUUAUAAUCUCCCUUUUCCCAAAAUUUCCAACUCACAGUAAUGAUAACAGGUAUCAUUUACAAGCGUUAAGACAUCUGUAUGUGUUGGCUGCAGAACCACGUGUUAUUUUACCUAGAGACAUCGAUAGUCGUCAGUAUUGUUACAGCAAAGUACAUUUAACAUUCGAAUCGAAAAAGCAAGCCGAGGGACAAGAUUUAGUACUUCAAUCGCCAUGUUUGUUACCACAGUUAUCCAGUCUUAAAAAGAUCGAACUGAAAGAUGAACGUUACUGGGAAAUAGUUUUCGAGAAAGGCCAUAACUGGCAGCAUCUUGAAAAUAUGCUUACAAAAAGUGAGCCGUUAGAUGUUAAACAGAGAGCUGGUUGCUUACCGUACAUAGAAGAUCCCCACGGAUUUAGGAGUUUAAUUGCACAAACGUUAACGACAGAAAAUGUGAUCGCAUGGGCUGCUCGUCCCGAAUCUGUGACCUCAUUUACAAACAAUAAAACUGUAUUGAACAUAGUUAAAUACUUUUUACAGUGGCCUAAAAAAGACAAGACUAAUAUCGACAGUAACUUGAAUGCACAGUCUUACAGUAGUUUAGCUAAAAGUAGUUCUGGAUAUCUAACUCAGAGCUUGAGCGAUGUGUCCGAAAGGAUAAGUAGUAACUGGAAUGAACGAUCGGAUUCAUCUAUCGAGAAAAUGGAAAUUGCAGAGUUGUCGUCUGGUUUAAAAAACACCAGUUGUUCGUAUAAAUUCGAAGGACAACAUUUUGACAUGACAGAGUUCGAGAAACAUUUCUUACACACAUUUGCUAUAAUUGUUUAUGAAUGCGUAAUAAAAGAUAAGGUUACGCUUCUUCCUUUGUGGGUAAAUUUAUUAAAGAGCAUAGAAAUCAUUGAAAGAGAACCGAAUAGUUUCUCUGUGUGGCAAAUAAAACUUGUUUCGUCUCAAGUAUUGAACCGAUCUUAUACAGAAAAUAGGAAACCAUUACUAAACGCAGAAAGCGUGAAAGCAAUUGUACAAAAAAUUUCGUAUAUUAUAGAUAGUUGGGAACAUGAUCUGAAAUCGUGUAUCAAGUCAUACUUAACUACAGGAGAAAUACAGAGUGAUUCAACUACAUUGCAAAGAAUGUGUUCAUAUUUCAUAUUUUACGACAUACCUCAUAGAAUGGAUGAUAGGACAGUUUUGGCAUCGAUGCUGAAUCCAGAAUUGAGAUCUAAAAUACCCAAUGUUAAAUUAUACAACUUGUAUGAAAUUUUUAAAUUCUGUUAAUCGCAUUACACAUUCAGUUUUUGAACGAUUA